GGUCGCGGUUGGUUGGCUGUCAGUAGCUGGGAGCGGUGACAGCUGAACGGCUCGUUUUUUAUCUUUAGCUUCGCACUCAAUACGGUCGCCACAAUGUUCGAGGAGGCCAGCGAGGUGUUCGAUAACAUGUUUAAAUCUUCGUUUCCCCUCACAUUCAUAGUCUUCAUCCCGGCGGUGCUGAUCCUGGUGUCUCCGCUCCCGGCCGAGGCGGCACACGAGUUCACGGUGUACCGCAUGCAGCAGUACGACCUACAGGGACAGCCGUACGGCACAAGAAAUGCCAUCCUGAACACGGAGGCUCGUACUGUGGAGGCAGAGGUGCUAAGUCGUCGCUGUGUUAUUAUGCGACUGGCGGACUUCUCCUAUGACAAGUACCAGAAAGCCCUGCGCCAGUCAGCGGGGGCCGUGGUCAUCAUCCUGCCGAGGAACAUGUCUGCUAUGCCGCAAGACAUAGUGCAGCAGUUUAUGGAGCUGGAGCCUGAGAUGUUGGCUACAGAGACCAUCGUCCCCGUUUACUUCGCCAUGGAGGAUGAUGAGCUGCUGUCUAUCUACACACAGACCCUGACCUCUUCAUCCUCACAGGGCUCCUUAUCAGCAGCAGAAGUUCUGGUGCAUACGGCCACAGCCAAUGGCUUUCAGAUGGUGACCAGUGGAUCUCAGAGCAAAGCCAUCAGUGACUGGGCCAUCACCAGUUUGGAGGGUCGUCUGGCUGGAGUCGGAGGAGAGGACCUGCCCACUAUCGUGGUGGUGGCUCAUUAUGACUCCUUUGGUGUUGCUCCGUGGCUGUCAUACGGAGCAGACUCAAACGGCAGUGGAGUGUCCAUGCUACUGGAACUGGCUCGUCUCUUCUCCAAACUCUACACCUACAAGAGGACACAUGCUGCGUACAACCUGCUGUUCUUUUUAUCUGGUGGAGGAAAGUUUAACUACCAGGGCACCAAACGCUGGCUGGAAGACAAUUUAGACCACACAGACUCCAGUCUUCUGCAGGAUAACGUAGCCUUUGUGUUGUGUCUGGACACUCUGGGGAAUGGAGACUCUCUGCACCUCCAUGUGUCCAAACCUCCUAAAGAGGGAACCCCUCAGCAUUCUCUGCUGAAAGAGCUGGAAAUGGUGGUUACAAGUCAGUAUCCUGAGGUCAAGUUCUCCAUGGUCCACAAGAAAAUCAACCUGGCUGACGACAUGCUUGCGUGGGAGCACGAACGCUUUGGGAUUCGCCGACUGCCCGCCUUCACUCUGUCCCAUCUUCCCUCGCACCGCUUGGCUCAGCGCUCCAGCAUCAUGGACGUGCGGUCAGUGUCCCCCUCCUCUCGCCACGGAGCGGGAGAGCCCCCUGCUGGGCCUCAUGUAGAUGUGAAGAAGCUCAGCAGGAACACCAAGGUGGUAGCAGAGGCUCUGGCCAGGGUCAUCUACAACCUCACAGAAAAGGGAGCACCUGGGGACCUGCAGAUUUUCACUGAACAAAUGCAGGUGCAGGAGGAGCAGCUGUCAGCAGUGGUGGACUGGCUCACAGCGCAGCCCAGAGCUGCCCAGCUGGUGGACAAAGACAGCGCCGUGGUGUCCACCCUGGAGUAUCACCUAGGACACUACCUCAAGGACGUCAAAAGACACUACGUCAAAGCUGACAAGAGGGAUCCAGAGUUUGUAUUCUACGACCAGCUGAAGCAGACUAUGAAUGCUUACAGAGUGAAGCCAGCUAUUUUUGACCUGCUGUUAGCUGUCUGCAUUGCAGCCUACUUAGGGAUGGUGUAUUUGGCUAUCCAGAACUUUGGAGUCCUGUAUGGCGUCGUCCGUAGACUCACUCAACCCAAGGCCAAGGCCCACUAAGGCAUACAGCAGCUUUUAUUUCCCCGGACCCUACUUUACCCUUUUCCUCAAAUCAAUAAACUCUAGCCAGUAAGACGCUGAGGCUGGACCGAGCUGCUGUUCUCACGAUGGUUUUCAAACCAGCAGAAUCACUUCCAUUUCCUUCAUCCCUAAUGCACAAACAAUGAUGUCAGAUCCUGUCUUGCUGCCAACUUUAAUCCGUUUGGUCUCAUGGACCAGAAUAAUCAGGAAUCAUUUCGGUUUCCACGGAUUUCUUUGUCAUUCUUUUAACAUGCUCUCUUAUGUUGUGUAUAUAUUUAAUUUUUUUAACCCUCACGAUGGUCGUUAACCUCACAGGGCCACAUAAGAUUGGUUGAGAUUUCACCGAUCACUCUUCAUCCGUCUUCUCAGCGUACUUUGAGCCAAACGUCGUGACGUCAUGUGUUGUCUCAGGCAGCUAGAGGGAGAAGCUGACCACACAGUUUACCCCAGAACUUCUUCUGUCAGGAGGUUUGCUCACCAGAAUAGGUUCACGUUUUCAAGUCUCACUUAAUGUAACACUCACAUGAUCAUAUGCACUUCAGAAGAGUUACUGAUUGUUCAGUGCUGCCGUGUGUUGCUUUUCUAUCCUUAAAAAACUCAUUAGAAAAUUAAUUUUGGUAACCUGUGUAAGUGAAUCAUCAUUUCACCUUGAGGUGAAUAUAAGAAUCCAUAGCUUUUUUUUUUUAAACGUACAUUUGGUCGAGUUGGAAAGGAAGCUAGCGGGUGGACUCUUUGAGUACAGAUGUGCAUGUGAUUAUUGUGUUGAGACCAGGUGAACUUUUCCUUUAAAUCCUCAGUGAAACCCUCAAACACAAGUACUGUUUACGGAAAUGAUCUGCCUGAAUGAAAAUGUGAAGCCUUUAGAUCGUUUUUUUUAAAUUGAUUCUGGUGGAAGAAAUUAAGUGCAGAAUGAUGGGAAAACCUUUCCUAAAUAAUAAAUGAAUAAUAAAAAAAAAUCCCCAUCACACCAUUAAAUGUAGUUUAGUGAUAGAAGUUUUUGCUUUGGUGUGGUCUUGCUUUUUGUGCCACCUCUUUGUGUUUUCCUGGUGCUGUGGUGUGUCUAAUUUGCUUUUUUUUUUUAUCCCCAAACUGAUUUAGAAAAACCAUCAUGCUGGUGGCAUGAGCUAAUGAGUUUUUUGUUUUUUUUUUGUCACAUAAGCCCCUCCUCCCCUUUACCCUCUUCCUAAUCAGUAGGCAGGACUUUUUGCUGACUUGCAAAAAUGUGAUUGACCGAAUCAGUUUUUAAAUCCUUGCCCUCUUCUUGCUAAUGAAUGAAAAGUGUUUUUUUUUUUUUCUUCUUCUUUUUAAUAUAUUUUCCAUGUUACCACAUGACCUGUGACCCCUCCUUCCCAAAAUGCCAUUGUAACAAUCACCAGCCCCAUUGAGGGGAAAUGACUCUGUGGUGCAUACAGAUUUUUAAUUUAUUGAAUCAGUUUGUUUUUAUUUGUGCACUGAACUCUCCUCUGCUUCACUGCAUCUGCA